GUUAAAUAAACCAGUAUUUCAAGCUGACAUUUCAUCCAGACACUCAAUGCAGAGGCUGCUGUACAGGUGAAUUUCUUCUGUGAGGUGAAAUAAUUUAGUCCAGUGAUCACCAUGAAUUCCAGACAGCCAAGUCAUUCACCAUGCAGAUCAACUCUGAUUCAUCAAGGUCCUCCAAAACGAUAUUAUCUACUUACAGAGAAAAAAGUGCUUGAUGAAAAUGGAAAAGUCCGAAAAUGGAGUUGCGGGAUAAAAGACAACAGUAAACCAAACAAAAUCAUUCUGCUAGUGGGAGAGACCGGUGUUGGCAAGACCACCAUCAUCAACACUAUGGUCAACUACUUACUGAAUGUGAAGUUUGAGGAAGAAAAGUGGUAUGAAAUCACAGAAGCAGCAGCAGGAGAUCAAUCAGAAUCACAAACCUCUGAAAUCACAGUGUAUGAGGUCUUUCCUGUAGAGAGUCCCAUAUCGCUCACCAUCAUUGAUACUCCAGGCUACGGAGACACUAGAGGACUGGACAAAGAUCUGGAAGUCGCUGAGAAUUUAGCCACUCUGUUUCAGAGCAAAGAUGGAGUUCAUGAAGUCGACGCAGUCUGCUUUGUGACACAAGCAUCUAAGAAUCGUCUCUCAGACAGACAGCAUUACAUUAUCAGUUCAAUUCUGUCUUUAUUUGGGAAAGACAUUGUGGACAACAUUGUGUUUUUAGUCACACACUCUGAUGGUCUGCCACCCAAAAAUGUCCUCGGUGCCAUUAAAAAAGCUAAAAUUCCCUGCAGACUAGACAAAAGCGGCCAAUCUGUUUAUUUCUCAUUCAACAAUCGACAGGCUGAAGAACGUCACACUAAGGAACAUCAUGUUCGUGCUCAAAGAGAUGCCUGGGAAGACAGUGUAGAUGGCAUGAAGUAUUUCCUUCAAUCUCUGAAUGAAAUGAAAAGAAGAAGUUUAGAGCUGACUUCAGAUGUCCUUAUUGAGCGCAUUCGAUUAGAAGCAUCCAUCAGCAACUUACAGCUGCGAGUUCAAGAAAAGGAGCUAAAAAAGGCUGAAAAACUUCAGAUUCAGGAGGCAAUGAUGCAAAACAAGGAAAAGAUUGAAGAUUGUAAAAACUUUGCCAUUAAAAUCAAAAAGGCUGCCAAAGAGAGGGUGCCCAUAGAAAUCAAGUCAUGGAAGCACAGGAAGGCGACAACCUGCACUAUCUGUGAGGAAAUGAGUCAUGAGUCAGAGUUUGACUGCUGGUGGGGUUCAGAUCCAAGCAAAUGUGAAGUCAUGAAAGAUGGAUGCUGUACCGUGUGCUCAGGGAAGUGUCACCACAGCAAACACGUCAAAGAAAACAAAAAAUAUGUCAUCAGAACCUCAAGCACAACGAUAGAAUAUGAUUCUAUGAGAAAGAAAAAUAAAAAAGCCCAAGAACAAACCAACAGGUUUUCAGCUGUAAUGUAUGAUGUUGAAAAAGACCUGCAAGAGAUUGAAACCCAUAAGUCAAUUCUUCUGUUCAAUGCUUACAGGACCAUCAAGAAUCUGUCUCAGAUCGCAUUAAAACCAGAUUCUGCCUUCACUCUUCAGCAUCUGGACUUCUUCAUCCCCAGAGUGAGGGAGGCUGGGAAAGAAAAGUGGGCCCGAGAGCUGGAGGAGAUGAGGAGAAACGCUGAAGCUGAAGAAACCCUGGGUGCACAAGCAGUGGAGGACGCGAGCCGGGCCCCGAGCGAUGACCUCUCCCUCUCCGGCUCCUCCAGUCUUCGAGAUCUCCACCCGGAACUGCUUUGCUCCUCUCCGCGAGACGGAAUGCGACGCUGUGAUUGUCGGUGGCUCCAUCAUCUGGAACGUCCAUGGUUUUUGCACAGAUACCCACGAUCCUGAAGGGCGACGAGACCCCCGGAGCGGUCGUGCUUCACGCCAGGGUUAACGACACCAUGCUGUAACAGAUGGAGAGACGCUGAAGAGGGACUUCAGGAGCCUGAUCAAGAUCACCUGCGACGACGAUCAUCGUGUCAGGACUGCUUCCCACAUAUUGACGAGGACACGAAAGGUUCGGUAGACUUUUUGCUUUAAAUGAA